AUGAUUAAAAUACCGACCGUACUUGCAGUCGAACCAGUAGGGUCCCGAAUCGCUGGAAAUCCAUCCACUAUUCCCCAUCCACCGCCGCUUCCAACAGCAUCGGGCGCAACCGCUCCUUCCGCCGCCGCCCUCGCCCAGUGCGGCGACGCCGCCCCGCGCCACCAGGAGCCCAGGACCAACACGCCGAUACCUCGCCGUUCGACCACGCCACCGCUGCUGCGUGCUGGUCCAUCGACCCCAGCCGUUCAGGGGACACCAUUGCCGCCGGCUGCGCCGUGCCCCGGACCCCGCCGUGCUCGUGCUCCGCGCCGUCAGCCGCUGCUACAUCUGCGCCGAGAGCGAAAACUCCGAGACCGCCUGCGUGCUCCUCGUGGAGUUGUACGUGCGUGCGGGCUGCCCCCGCCGGCCGGAGGGGGAGGCCGAGCGGGCGUGGGGCCGCUGUCCUGGCGCAGCCGGAUCGUGCGGGAGAAGGGCCGGGUCGCCGACGCCAGCCCCAGGGACGCCCGCGGCGUCAUCCUCCUCAUGGACGGCUUCUGCCUGCCUGUCGAGUUCCCUCUGCCGGAGUUCUACGAGCUGCUGCUUGCCGGUGGCUGCUUGACCUGCGUGAAGGUGCUCAGAUGCUCCCGGCUCUUCAUGAAGAAGCUGCGUGAUGUUGUCGCUGAUAUGCUGAACAGGGGAACUUAUCGCGAAGCGAUUGGUGUUAUCCUUCCAUUUUAACUGCAGGAGGCGUUCCCGCUCGCGGACAUACUGAUUUACAUCGUUGACAAGGUUGUGUGCAAUAGGAAGAAGCAAGAGAUCGAGGUGGGGUGUGAUUUGGUAGGAUUGGAUUUAGCAGGUAAGUCUGACUUCUCACCUGAAUGCACCUGAAAAUAAACCUUGACUUCUGACUGUUGCAAGAAAGCUACAUUUUAAGUGCGGUACAUAUCAAGCAUAAAAUGAAAGAGAUGACUUAAGAGGAGAAAAAUCACAGUAGGAUUCCUAGAACGGGAAGACCUCAGAUCUUGGAUCUGGCUGCUCUUGGACAGGGAAGACCUUGAAUCUUAGGUUUCUUUUCUCCUGGUCAUGGAAGAUGUCAAAGCUUGGGACUGGUUGCUCGGGUUUGAGAGAUGCAGAUCAACCUUUAUGGCCAGGCUGUGAACCGGCUUCUCCAACGUCUUGAGACCGAGCCAGAUCAGAUUGUUGGCUGAGCUUACACCCCUUCAGAAAAUUCGAAAGAAUGAGGAAAUUUUGCAAGUGGAGAUUAGAAGGAUUAUUCUAAACUGGUGGAUGAAGCUAUGUGUUCUCUUAGUUUAGUGGACUUUUAUAUGUUUGCAUAGUUUUUGUUCUUCAAAAUGAAGCUUGGAAUAUUUUAGAAUUUUUUAGCGAACUUAAGUUUCAUGUAUGAAGGAUUGUCAUUGGAAAUAGAUACAUUUUUGUUGUAGAAGUUUUAUGUCAGACUUACUAUCUUGUAAACUAAGUUUACGUAUGUUCGAACUUAAA